CAUUUGGGGGAUUUAAAUAUUUUUUUUUAUUUUAAAGUUGUUUACUUGACUAGAUCUACCAAAAAUGUCAACGUCCUUAACAAUUCAUCCCUAGGAGAUGUAUAACUUUAUACAGAUCUGAAACAAGCUAAACAAAAUAAUAACUAGACUCUAGAGUCUAGAAUUGAUUGAAUAAAGGUAGAUCUAGGCUCGAAAAUAAUAAAAUCUACCAAACCCGCGAAAACGUGAUAUCAAAUAAACAGUACCAUUUCAUAGAGCUAAACUCAUGUAUACUCAGAUUAUAAUUUAUAUAGAUCUGCAUAAGAAUCAAUGUAAAAUUUAAAAUGUAAAAUCUAUAUUUUUAAGAUCUAUCUCUUCACUACCAAAAGAGCGUCAAUAUGGCGGACGGGCAAGCACAGACUUCUAUUGCACAGCCUAAUAAAAAAGGACGCACUCAAUUUAUUAGAUCUUCAUUACCCUAUCAGAUUCUGCUAUAUUUGAAUGGCUGGUACUUUGCAUUUUUCUUUGUUUGUGAAAUACUCCUCUUCGUCUUUAAAGGUGAGACUCUUCCAUAUGCAACAAAUGUUCUUGCUGCAGAAGUUAUUUUACUUUUCCUCUUGGCUAUUGUGGAAGCACUGAGGUUAUUCUUUGGUAAGCGAGGAAACCUUACAGAGCAAAUAAUGGGAGUACUGGUGUGUGUCUUUCUGAGCAUUGCCACUAUAUUUGGUGUGCUCUUCUUUCUUUUGUGGCAGACCUAUGUCUUACGAGUGGAAAUUAUUCUAACUGCAAUUCAGCUAUUUUUUAUUGGCAUGGAGAUCAUCUUCGGCAUCAUCUCAAUAAUUACUUUUGCAAAAGGAGCUCCUUAAAAUAUGAAUCAAGACUCGGACACACAUUUUCUGUAAUCAUUGCUGAAAGGUUGUAUGGAAUAAACUUGUGAUUGUUACAUUGUAUUUUAGUAUUUUCAAGUGCUGUGUCUACAUUUUUUGUUUUUAAUUUACUUCAUGCAACUUAUGCAUCGCAGAAUGUCAAUAAAUAUAGAUGUAAAUUAUUCAUCACCACUGUU